CUCAGAUCUGGACGGGAGCAGUAUUGUCCAGGCCUCGUUGUCGCCACCACCUCAUCAAGCUAUAUUCUCUCCCAUCCUCGCUUCAAUGGAUGGCUUCGAUCAUUUUAAUGCUCCUCUGGAGUAUCAGGAGAUGAAAUGGCUCGUCAACAUCUUCAUCAUCGGUAUGGAUGUCGGCUGGCUUGUCCACUAUCUGUACAUGGCCUAUACAUCAUUCAAAGACCAGACAUACUGCAUGACAAUCGCGGGCCUUUGUGCUAAUUUUGCCUGGGAGCUUGUAUAUUGCAUAUUGUACCCAGCCAAAGGUCUUGUCGAGCGCGCAGUUAUCCUGUCGGGUCUGUUCCUCGAUUUUGGGGUAUUCUACACGGCAAUGAGGAAUGCCCCAAAUGAAUGGCAUCACUCCGCAAUAGUGAGGGAUAAUAUGGUUCUUGUUUUCACUGCAAUGACGCUCUUCUUUUUGAGUAUGCAUUUGACCUUGGUGGCCCAGUUUGGAUCUGCACAAGCGUACACGUGGGGGGCCGCUGUAUGUCAACUCAUCAUCAGCAUAGGGGAUGUGUUUCAAUUGCUGAGCCGGGGAAACACGCGUGGAACUUCGUGGACGUUGUGGAUAUCCAGGUUCUUCGGGUCAGCAUCAGCUGUUGGCUUUGCACUUAUUCGUUACUAUCGUUGGCCAGCGGCAUUUUCCUGGUUGAACUGCCCGCUUAUUCUAUGGACUGCAACCAUGUUCCUGCUCUUUGAGAUUUUGUAUGGGGCUCUAUUCUUUCUUGUGAAGCGACGCGAAGAGGAUUUCCAGCAGCAUAAGAAACAGAAACAGAGAUAG